AUGCUUUUAAACCAGCUGAAAGAGAUCACAGAAAUUCAAGACUCGGCUUUCCUUCACGCAGCUCUAAAGGCUGCCAAUGGAGACCUCAUGGAAGCCGUCGCCUUCCUGACGGAGGAGCGCGCGCAGGAGCCGGCUCAGGACGCGGCCGCUGCGGAGCCGUCCGCUUGGGAAGGCAGCGCUGUGGGCAGACAGCUCCCACCAGAUGCUGCUACUGCGCUAACCCCUCACAACAAGGCCGACCCCCGCGCCGCCGCCGCCUUCCGGCCCCUGGAAUCGCCCAAGGCUCCGGCUGCAGAAGGGGACGCUGCGGACAGGCCCCAGGAGGCGCAUUCUGCUGAGAGCAAAAACCGCUCCAAAAGGAAACGCUGUGAAGUCUGGGGAGAGAACCCCAAGCAGAGCGACUGGAGACGGGUGGGCGACUGGCCCGUCGGAAUGAAAAACAUUGGAAACACGUGUUGGUUUAGCGCUGUCAUACAGUCUCUGUUUCAGCUGCCGGAAUUCCGGAGGCUGGUCCUCGGGUACUCCCUCCCGCAAAACGUGCUCGAAAGUUGUCAUAGUCGCACUGGAAAAAGAAACGUCGUGUUCAUGCAAGAACUGCAGUGCCUGUUUGCCUUGAUGCUGGGGACGCGUCGCAAGUUCGUGGACCCUUCGGCGGCGCUGGAACUCUUGAGGGAUGCAUUCAGAUCCGCCGAAGAGCAGCAGCAAGACGUGAGUGAAUUUACGCACAAACUGCUGGACUGGCUGGAGGACGCGUUCCAGCUUGCUGUGAACGUCAAGAGCCCUGGGGACAAAUCUGAAAACCCAAUGGUCCAGCUCUUCUAUGGGACUUUCUUGACGGAGGGCGUCCACGAGGGCAAUACUUUUUCCAAGAUCGAAACCUUUGGUCAGUAUCCCCUUCAGGUAAACGGUUAUCGAAACCUGAACGAGUGCUUGGAAGGAGCCAUGGUGGAGGGCGAGAUGGAUGAGGCGACAGCAUCUCAGUCAGCCAAGUAUGGACAGGAGCGCUGGUUUACAAAGCUCCCCCCGGUGCUGACCUUCGAACUCUCCCGGUUUGAGUUCAACCAGUCGCUGGGACAGCCGGAGAAAAUUCACACCAGGCUGGAAUUUCCCCAGACCAUUUUUAUGGACAGGUACCUCUACUGCAGUAAAGAGCUUAUCCGGAUGAAGAGAGAAGAACUGAAGAGGUUGAAGGGGAAAAUGGCGCUUCUGCAGCAGAAACUGGAGAGGUACAUGAAGUACGGCUCCGGCCCGGCCCGCUUCCCGCUGCCCAACAUGCUCCAGUACGUUCUCGAGUUCGUCGCUACGAAGCCCAGUUCGUCGCUGCGGUCCCCGGCCGAGCCUCCUGUCCCGGACGCGUUUUCGCAGCCGAGCGGCAUCCCAGAAAGAGAGGAUCCUAGGACCGAGGACGGAGCUUUCUUUUUGGCGGAGUCUGAGCCGCGGCAAAGAUCGCGCGCGUCGCCCCAGCCUUCUGGCUCUCCAGCAGAAGCGUCAGAACGUCCGGCUCCUCACGUGGUUUCCGAGGAAGAGCUGAACCUGGUUCGGACGUGUCUGCAGCGCUGGAGAAACGAGAUUGAGCAGGACGUGCGAGAUCUGAAGGAGUCUAUUGCCAGAGUCAGCCUGUCCGUUGAGCAGAUGUACUGUGACCCUCUCCUCCAGCAGGUUCCCUACCGUUUGCACGCGGUCUUGGUCCACGAAGGGCAAGCAAAUGCUGGGCACUACUGGGCCUUCAUCUACGACCAGCCUCGAAGAAGCUGGCUCAAAUACAAUGACAUCUCGGUGACAGAGUCGUCGUGGGAGGAACUGGAGAGGGAUUCGUUCGGAGGCCUGAAGAACGCCAGCGCCUACUGCCUGAUGUACAUCAGCGACACGGUGUCCCGCUCCGUUGCAGACGGGGCCGAGGGCUCGGAGGCGGGGCAGUUCCAGAAGGAGGUCGAAGCCUUGCCCCCGGAGCUGCGGCACUACGUCCAGGAGGACAACUGGCGGCUGGAGCAGGAGGCGGAGGAGUGGGAGGAGGAGCAGUCGUGCAAGAUUCCUCAGAUGGAGCCUUCGCCUGCUUCUGAAUCGCAGGACCUCUCUUCCGAGUCG